CCGCACACACACACAGACUACGUGGGCUUUAAGAUAGAAAAGAAGAAGCAAGAAAAAGAAAAGAAAAUUCAAAGAAAAGACACAUUCUUUUGCUCUUCAUUAGAGCAUUUCUCCGAUUUUUCUUUAAUUUUCUACAAGAAAUCGGAGUGGCGAUUUGGUACAGAUAAUAAUUUUUUUUUUCUCAGUUCAUUUGGUGAGCAGAUCUUGUUUGAAAAGUUGAAAAAAGAUUUAAGAGUCAAGUUGAAGUCAGAGAGCAAUUGAAGAAAAGUGGACUGUUGCUUCUUUAUAGUUGUCAUUUUGAGGAGAAAAUCUGAUUGGGUGGAAACUCCACUGGUUUCUUGAUCUGUCUCAUUUUAUUGUCAUUGAAGCUGAUUGAUAAGCAGCCACCCAUUAAUUUGAUCUGAUUGGUGUUAUUUAAUUAUAUGGCUGCUUCCAUUAGCUUACCAGUUGGUUCUCUUGUUUGGGUGGAGGAUCCUGAUAUAGCCUGGAUAGAUGGGGAAAUUUUGGAGGUUAAUGGUUCAGACAUAAAGGUUCUUUGCAAUUCUGGUAAAACGGUUGUUGUUAAGUCUUCUAAUGUCUAUGCCAAAGAUGCUGAAGCUCCGCCAUCUGGCGUGGAUGAUAUGACGAAGCUGGCUUAUUUGCAUGAACCAGGAGUCCUGCAUAAUUUAAAGGCUAGAUAUGAUAUCAAUGAAAUAUAUACAUAUACAGGGAAUAUAUUAAUUGCCGUCAAUCCAUUUAGAAGGCUACCACACUUAUAUGAUACCCAUAUGAUGGCCCAAUAUAAAGGUGCAGCUUUUGGGGAACUGAGUCCACACCCUUAUGCUGUUGCAGAUGCAGCAUACAGACUUAUGAUCAAUGAUGGAGUAAGUCAGUCAAUAUUGGUUAGUGGGGAGAGUGGGGCUGGUAAAACAGAAAGCACCAAGCAACUCAUGCGAUAUCUUGCUUACAUGGGAGGGAGAGCUGCAGCUGAAGGUAGUAGAUCAGUUGAGCAGCAAGUCCUGGAGUCUAAUCCUGUGUUGGAGGCAUUUGGUAAUGCGAAAACUGUCAGAAACAAUAACUCAAGUCGUUUUGGUAAGUUUGUGGAGAUCCAGUUUGAUCAAAAGGGGAGGAUUUCAGGAGCUGCUGUCAGAACAUAUUUACUAGAAAGAUCUCGUGUUUGCCAGUUGUCUGAUCCUGAGAGAAAUUAUCAUUGUUUCUACAUGCUUUGUGCUGCACCCCCGGAGGACAUUCAAAGGUUCAAAUUGGACAAUCCUAGGACAUUUCAUUACCUCAAUCAGACGAAUUGCUAUGAGUUAAAUGGGGUUGAUGAUGGGAAAGAAUAUUUAGCGACCAGAAAGGCAAUGGAUGUUGUUGGAAUAAACUCUGAAGAGCAGGAUGCAAUAUUUCGAGUAGUGGCAGCAAUUCUCCAUCUUGGAAACAUAGAAUUUGCAAAGGGGAAGGAGAUAGACUCGUCAGUUCCCAAAGAUGAGAAAUCUUGGUUUCACCUGAGAACUGCUGCGGAGCUAUUCAUGUGUGACAUAAAGGCUCUAGAGGAUUCGCUUUGCAAACGCGUUAUUGUAACUCGUGAUGAAACUAUCACCAAAUGGCUGGAUCCAGAAGCUGCAGUUACCAGUAGAGAUGCUCUUGCAAAAAUUGUGUACUCAAGAUUGUUUGACUGGCUGGUAGAUAAAAUUAAUAGCUCAAUCGGUCAGGAUCCAAAUUCUAAAUCUUUGAUUGGGGUGCUGGAUAUAUAUGGAUUUGAGAGUUUCAAGACUAAUAGCUUCGAACAAUUCUGUAUCAAUUUAACAAAUGAGAAGCUUCAGCAGCACUUCAAUCAGCAUGUUUUCAAAAUGGAACAAGAAGAGUACACAAAAGAAGAAAUUAACUGGAGCUACAUUGAGUUCAUUGAUAAUCAAGAUAUUCUAGAUCUGGUAGAAAAGAAACCAGGUGGUAUUAUAGCACUUCUUGACGAAGCUUGCAUGUUUCCUAGAUCUACUCAUGAAACGUUUGCUCAAAAGCUCUAUCAAACUUUCAAAAAUCAUAAACGUUUCUGCAAGCCCAAGUUGGCUCGUUCUGAUUUUACUAUAUGCCAUUAUGCUGGUGAUGUUACAUAUCAAACCGAAUUGUUUCUGGAGAAAAACAAAGAUUAUGUUAUUGCUGAGCACCAAGCCCUCCUGAAUGCUUCAAAGUGUUCCUUUGUAUCUGGUCUGUUUCCAACAUCAAAUGAGGAAUCCUCAAAACAGUCAAAGUUCUCUUCAAUUGGCUCAAGGUUUAAGCAACAACUGCAAUCUUUGCUUGAAACACUGAAUGCAACAGAACCCCACUACAUUCGAUGUGUAAAACCUAAUAAUCUGCUAAAGCCAGCUAUCUUUGAGAAUCACAACGUUCUGCAGCAGCUGCGUUGUGGGGGAGUGAUGGAAGCGAUUAGAAUAAGCAUGGCUGGAUAUCCUACUCGGAAACCGUUCUAUGAAUUUCUAGAUCGUUUUGGCAUCCUUUCUCCUGAAGUUUUAGAUGGAAGCACGGACGAGGUUGCUGCAUGCAAAAGGCUCUUGGAGAAAGUUGGACUUCAAGGCUACCAGAUUGGUAAAACAAAGGUGUUUCUGAGGGCUGGUCAAAUGGCAGAGCUGGAUGCUCGAAGGACAGAGGUGCUCGGGAGAUCCGCUAGCAUCAUCCAGAGAAAAGUUCGUUCUUACAUGGCUCGGAGAAGUUUUACAUUGUUACGUCGGUCAACAAUACAGAUACAAUCUAUGUGCCGAGGGGAACUUGCUCGGCAUGUAUAUGAGAGCUUGAGGAGGGAAGCAGCUUCUCUUAGAAUCCAGACAAUUGUGCGCAUGUAUAUUGCCAGGAAGGCUUACAAAGAGUUGUGGUCCGCUGCUGUUUCAACUCAGACAGGAUUGCGUGGGAUGGCUGCACGCAAUGAGCUUCGAUUCAGAAGGCAGACAAAAGCAGCUAUUAUUAUUCAGAGCCAUUGUCACAAGUUCCUGGCAUGUUCAAAAUUUAAGAAUCUCAAGAAAGCUGUAAUUACCACUCAAUGUGCUUGGAGAGCUAAAGUUGCUCGUAAGGAACUGAAGAAGCUUAAGAUGGCUGCACGAGAGACUGGGGCUCUACAAGCUGCAAAGAAUAAAUUAGAGAAGCAAGUUGAAGAAUUGACUUGGAGAUUGCAGCUGGAGAAACGCAUGAGGGCGGAUGUCGAAGAAGCAAAAAACCAAGAAAAUGCAAAACUACAAUCUGCUUUGCAGGAGAUGCAAGUUCAGUUCAAGGAAACCAAGGAAAUGCUUGUCAAAGAACGUGAAAAUGCAAAAAGGGCAGCCGAGCAGAUCCCUAUUGUACACGAAGUCCCCGUUAUUGACCAUGAAUUGAUGAACAAACUUAGCACUGAAAAUGAGAACCUAAAGACUAUGGUUAGCUCUCUAGAAAACAAGAUUGGUGAAACAGAAAGAAAAUAUGAAGAGACAAAUAAACUUAGUGAGGAGCGGUUGAAGCAAGCGAUGGAGGCAGAGUCUAAAAUCGUUCAGUUGAAGACUACUAUGCAAAGGCUUGAGGAGAAAUUUUUUGACAUGGAAUCUGAGAACAAGAUUCUUCGACAGCAGGGCCUGUUAACCCCUGCCAAGUGGGUUUCAGAUCAUUCACCUAGUCUGGCUUCCAAGAUAGUUGAAAAUGGACACUAUCUCAAUGAUGAAAAUCACACUAAUGAUGCACUGAGUUCCACACCUUCUAAAAAUUAUGAAACCCCUGACAGCAAGUUGAGGAGACCUCCUAUUGAUCGACAGCAUGAGGAUGUUGAUGCACUCAUUGACUGUGUGAUGAAGGAUGUGGGCUUCAGCCAAGGAAAGCCUGUUGCAGCUUUUACCAUCUACAAAUGCCUUCUCCACUGGAAAUCUUUUGAAGCUGAGAGAACUAGUGUGUUCGAUCGUUUGAUUCAGAUGAUUGGUUCAGCUAUUGAGAAUCAAGAAAGCAAUGACCACAUGGGAUAUUGGUUGUCAAAUACCUCAACGUUGUUGUUCUUAAUCCAAAAAAGUCUGAAACCAGGUGGUGCAGUUGGUGCUACUCCUACCCGCAAACCACAACCUCCGACAUCUCUAUUUGGGAGAAUGACAAUGGGAUUUCGUUCGUCGCCUUCUGCUGUCAAUCUAGCUGCAGCUGCAUUGGUAGUGCGCCAAGUUGAAGCAAAAUACCCUGCUCUGCUUUUCAAGCAGCAGCUUACAGCGUAUGUUGAAAAGAUUUAUGGAAUUAUUAGGGAUAACUUGAAGAAGGAGUUGGGAUCACUCCUUUCCUUAUGCAUCCAGGCACCAAGGACUUCCAAAGGAAGUUUGAGAACUGGGCGAUCCUUUGGCAAAGACUCUUCAACAAAUCAUUGGCAGCGGAUAAUUGAAUGCCUCAACUCUCUUCUGUGUACAUUGAAAGAAAACUUUGUGCCUCCAAUUCUUGUUCAAAAGAUAUUUACUCAGACCUUCUCUUACAUCAAUGUACAACUGUUUAAUAGUCUUCUUCUCCGAAGGGAGUGUUGUACAUUCAGUAAUGGUGAAUAUGUUAAAGCUGGGUUAGCUGAGCUAGAGCUAUGGUGCUGCCAAGCAAAAGAAGAGUAUGCAGGUUCCUCUUGGGAUGAACUCAAACAUAUUAGACAAGCUGUUGGGUUCUUGGUUAUACAUCAGAAAUAUAGAAUAUCUUAUGAUGAGAUCACCAACGACUUGUGUCCUAUUCUUAGUGUCCAGCAACUCUACAGAAUCUGUACGCUCUAUUGGGAUGACAACUAUAAUACACGAAGUGUUUCCCCAGAUGUCAUAUCAAGCAUGAGGGUGUUAAUGACAGAGGACUCAAACAAUGCCGAGAGCAACUCUUUUCUGUUGGAUGAUAAUUCAAGCAUCCCGUUCUCUAUUGAUGAAGUCUCAGAAUCACUUCAAGUGAAGGAUUUUGCAGAUGUCAAACCUGCAACAGAACUUAUCGAGAAUCCAGCCUUCCAAUUUUUACACGAGUGAGGCCUAGGAGCCUCGAGUGUUUCGUGCAUUAUAGUUACAGAUUUGUUGAAAAUGUCCUAGGUGGAUAUAUUCAAUUUGUUGUAUAUUCAUUCUUCUUUUUCCCUUCCAAUUUUUUACCCAAUAUAGAUUGCUAUAAAAUAUAUUUUUUCCUUGUGUUUAUAAUUGUAAUUCCUAUAGCAUAAGGUUCAGUCAGCAGGUAGUCAAAUUUUGUAUUUGUUUUGGUGCAAAGAGCAGCAGCGUCAUUCUUUUAUCAGGAAAAUAGAAGGCAAAGUAUGUUGGUAAUAGUGAUGGGUGUAAAACUUUUGUAUUCUGUCCACAUUUCAUUAUGUAAUGAAACAGAAAUAUUGAACUCAACUAUGAUCUUAUGAGAAUCACACCCAAGGUUGAUUUUGUA